UCUGUAUUCUUUUCUCUCCCUAGUUCACUCCUUGUUCCUUCUCGAACCUCCCUCUGCCCUCCUCCUCCUCCUCCUUCACACACACACCAAGAAAUCGAAAGGUCUUGAAUCAGUAAUUCCAUGGCCUUUGCUCACUACUUACUCGCCGUCCCUGUCGAAACCUCAAACCCUCACAAAACUUCGAUCCUAACUUCUUCCUCAUCAUCUUCUUCAUUUGCUUCCCCAUUUUCGGUAGCUUUCUCUUCCUCUUCUUCUUCUUCUUCUUCACUCAAAUCGAAGGUUAAUAAGCUCUCUAUCUUUCCCAGACUCCGUAGAGAGGGACACAGAGGAAGGGUGAAGCCCCAAGAAUCUGAAUUCAGUUUAGCUGCAGAUGCCUUUACUAAUUUUAAGCAUCUGCUUCUGCCAAUCACAGACCCGAAUCCUUAUCUCUCCGAGGGAACAAGACAGGCUGUAGCAACUACUGCUGCUUUGGCAAAUAAGUAUGGGGCUGACAUCACAGUUGUAGUUAUCGAUGAAAAGCUGAAAGAAUCAUUGCCGGAGCAUGACAGCCAACUGUCUAGCAUCAGAUGGCAUCUAUCUGAAGGUGGGUUCCAAGAAUACAAAUUGUUAGAGCGACUUGGGGAAGAGAACAAGCCAACGGCCAUCAUUGGUGAGGUUGCUGAUGACCUGAACUUGGACUUGGUAGUUAUAAGCAUGGAGGCCAUCCAUUCCAAGCAUGUGGACGCUAACCUUCUUGCUGAGUUCAUUCCCUGCCCUGUUUUACUUUUGCCCCUUUAGAAUUCUGCACCUUCAAACUCCAAGUAGACUGUUUCUUAAAUGUACAUAAUCUUCUGAUGAGCAUUUUUUCUUUGAUGAGUUUGAUCAACCAGGCUGUUGUCCUUUUGUUCUUUUAACUAUAUUGAAGUAAAUUUAUUUUUUUUAAUUGUCUA